UUUUCUCUCCAAUUAAGUUACCCAAACCCUGCCAGACACACCCAAAAGGUCUUAAAAUCGAAAUCGAAAUCGAUAAAAAAUUUAGUUGAAAUUUUGUGCGUAGUUCGAAGGAAAGAAUCAGACCUAUCAUUAUGUAUUCAAACGUUUUUGUGCGAAGUUCCUUUCUGAGUAGCACGAAGCGUUUCUGCUUUCCCUCCCAAUUUUCCUUUUCUUUCUUCUAUCGUACUACUGUUCUCUCUAUUUCCAAUUCUCUCUCCCUCUCUCUCUAGAGUAACUGUCCGGAAAGGCAGUGAAGAUGGAAGAGUAUUUGCAGUACAUGAAGACCUUGCGCUCUCAAAUGAACGAUGUUGAAGAUCAAGUAGCAAAGAUCUCUGUUGAAGAGCAAAUGCAGAUCACGACAAUUGAAAUUUUGGAGAAAGACCUUGAUUUAGCAAAAUCUGAUAUAAGGAGACUUAAAGAGGAUACUGAUCAGAUGGUGAAGGCAAAGGGGCUGAUCUGUUCGCAGAUUUUGGAAAAACAGAGAAAGAUUGCCUCCAUGGAGUCCGAUUCAUCCACCCUUACACAGACAUUGGAGCUUAUCCAACAAGAAAGAGUCAGCUUGUCAACCAAACUUGUAGAGAAAGGUGCUUACUAUACUAAGGUUGCAGAGGACAUGAAUACCAAAUUACAAGAACAACAGGACUUCAUACAGGUCAAGGAUAAAGUCAACAAUCAAACAGGUGAAACUGAAGGGAGCUGUAUGGUAGAGAUCAAUCUCAUUGCUGACAAUCUGGAUGAAGCGAAGAACUUAAAGAUUAAGUUGGACUCUUCUAAAGCUGAGCUUGAUUGGGUGACACAAAUGAAAUCCAAACUUGUUUCGGAUAAUAGCAAGGCGAAGCAGUCAGUUGAGCUAGUUAAGAGUAGGAUACAUGAUUUUAAGCCUGAGCUGUGGGCAAUGGAUAUAAAGACCCUGGAAGAGGAACACCGAGCUCUUUUAUCUGAUAAAGCUGGUGAAACUGAGUUUUUGCAGUCUGUACGGAAUCAAAUUGAGAAAUUGAUGGAAAUUUCUCUCGUAGUUAAUUGUGCUUGUGGAGGGGAAUACAAGGUGGAUCUUCGUGUAUAAUGAAACAUGGGACACACAUCUAUCUGCAUAUAGUUUGAGAUGCUGAGAACUUAACAUCAUGUGGAUUAUAGUAUAUUGCUUCAACAAAAAGUCAAUGUAACAGGUAAAUUUGUAUAAAACAAGACAGAUUCGUUAAAACUAACUAUUCAAAAUGAAUAUGAUUGAACUGUUUCAGUUGUUGGUACGAGAAAAAUGCAGUAAUUUGAGAAUACGUCUGGGAAUGGCGAUGUUAGACCGCCUUAUCUAAUGCUCUAUAGGUUGCUGGUAGGCAAUACUACACAUAUGUGCCUUCCAAUCAUAAGCCGAUUUUAAGUACAAUACCUGCUGCUACUUGUGCUAAAUUUGUGAGUGAUCAUUGCAUUUGGAUUAGCAGGAGUAAAAGGAAGACAAUAGUAAAAAGGAAAAAACAAGAAAAAAAGGUAUUAGUUACCAGAGAAAAGAAAGCAAAUGAGAGGAUAGUAUAGCCUCUCCUCUUGUUUGGGUAACCUUAGAAGGUGAAAAAGGAUUACAUAGUGAUAGCACUUCAUUGCGCUUAGUAAAAUUAAUAUUUGAAGGUCUACCAAACCUCUCCUUUUUUUGCCCCUCCUCUCCUCAUUUUUAAAUCAAACACAAGACAAGAUUUCCUUUCUUUCCAACUUUUUCCAUCCAAAUGCACUCUUAUUCUAAUUCUGGAACCACUCAUACCAACUCACCCACCUAUAUAUGUCCAUAGCCGCGUGAGUUUGAUGUCGUUGAAGUUAAACUUUUCCAGAAGGGUGCCUUCUAGAAAUCUGAUAUGUCAACGUCAACAACAAUGUUUAUAUGUGAAAGUUGUAAUCUUAUAAACUGUAUUCCAUGUGUAUUCUUAUAUAAUUUAAUCAUAUACUAGCUUUUGCAUUAUGUAUAAAAGCAUAACUCCCCCAUCUUCCUCAACAGGAAAUUGUAAAGGAAAAAAAAAGGUUUAAACAAAAAUUACAUAAUUCCAAGAAC